CUCUUUUCUACUCCCUCCGUUAUUUAAUAUAAGUCGUUUUAGAGAAAUCUUUUUGUUCCAACUUAUAUGUCGUUUUCGGUUUUCUAUGUAACAUUUAUUAAUAAUUAAUAUUGUCUGACCAGUGAUAAUAUAUCUUCUAUUUUUCUAUUGGUUGAAUUGUGGUUAGGUAAAUAAUUAAUGAUGUUUUUUUUGAAAAUAUAAUAAAUUAAUGAUUUUCUUAAUUUAUGUGCAUAGCUUUAAAACGACUUAUAUUAAAAAACGGAAGGAGUAUAUUUCUUUUAUUUUUAAUUUUGAUCAAUGGAGAUAUUUUGAAGUUUAUUUUAGUUAUGACUUUAUAAGUUUAAGUUUACGAUUGGACCAAAACCUAAGAUGGACUGAAAAUGUAUAAAGGGCUAACUAAUAAGGCCCAUGACAACAAUUCGUUUUGUUUUAUUCGCCGGUUCUUAAAUUUUUAAAACAUGAUUAAUGCGGAUCUCUUAAAAUGAUGUUUUACGGUAAUAUAAGAAACUUCUUUUAGUUUUUUCUUAACUAAAUCCUAUCAUGAACUACAUAUGGUUGGCUUAUUUUCAUGCAACAUUUAAAUAAAACACAUUUAAAUAAUGAAACGCAUAUCUAUAAAUAAUUAUUUUUGGGUUGAAAUUAGAUUUGUAAUUGAACCGUCCUAAACCGCUUGGUUCAUCCAUUCAAUCCAAUGAUUCAAUGUUCUUUCCUUUUAUUUCAGCAGUAUUUUUUUUGUUUCCUUUUCUUUCAGACGUCAAUGGCAUAUAUAAAUAAAUAAAUUGAAAACACAAUCAGUCGUGGUUCUAAUCAGGUUUGUGUCUGGAUCCUCUCUCACAUCACAGAAAGCCUAGCGCUAGAAGGGAAAUCCGGUAAUCAAAUCAAUGAAAGGAAGAUGUACGAUUCAGGGAUGUAGUCGAUUGGCAUUGAAGACGAGGAAGAAUGAGACGAAGAAGGUGUGUGGGCUGUGGUCGCUGCCAGAUGAUGUGUUUGUGGACUGCCUGGCUCAGGUGUCGAGAUUGGACCUCGUGGCCUUAGCUAUGGUCUCCAGGAGACACCGGUUUUACGCAGUGUCGACUAGAUUCUGGGCCUUGAGGUAUCGGAUGGGUAACGUGGACCCAUACUUGUACGUAUUUAUGCACAUGCAUCCCGACCCAAGCCCAUGUUGGUUCGUCCUCCACCCCAUGCAACGUCGGCUGAAACGUAUCAAUUUGAACUUGUAUCCGGCGACCCCAGUAACAGGAUCAUGUUUCGUGAAGAUGGAUUUGGGGAUCUAUACUAUCGGUGGACUCAUCAACGGCAAACCAACAUCGGAAGUCACGUUUCUGAAUUGUAUCGAGCACACAGUGUACCGCAUCACGCCUAUGAAGAUGGCUCGAAGCGGAGCAUCGGCAAGUUUGAUAGAGGACGGGGAGAAUAAGAAGAAGAAGAAGAUAUACGUGUUUGGAGGGUGCUGGGAUGUGGCUGAUUCCUCCAACUGCGUAGAGGUAUAUGAUAUCGAAACCGGAACGUGGGAGUUGUUGUCUGUGUCUACGCCCAAGAUGCCCCUCAAAAUCAAAGAGAGUAUGGUGAUGGACGAGAAGCAUGUCUACGCGGUGGAUGAGGAUGGUGAAAUCUUUGUUUUCUUGACAAGCAAAAGUAUGUUUUGCGCAGAGGGAGAAAAAGAGACUAACCUCAGACGUUUUUCUGCCGUGGUGUCGGCGGGAGAAUACUGUGGCGUUUGCCGCGUGAGUUUGGUUGGAAGGAAGUCAAGGGUUUGGAAGAGCUGCAGCAGCAACACAUUAUCAAACUCUGCGCCUUCUCUGUCCAGAGGAUGGCCAUCUUCUGGGAAGCCCAAGGUUCUGAUCAGAUUUUGGAGCUUUGGUAUGCCGAGAUUACCCUCAAAAUGACAAGACGCGAGGAAGGCGAGGAGGAGGAGGUAUGGGAGGUUUGGGGGAACAUUGAGUGGUCCGGUGCUGUCCUCUCAGACUCAUCAUACACUGGCCUUAACUUGUUAUUUGCUGAUUCUCUCUAUCUCUGAAUAUAUCCUCAAGCCUUUUGUUUUUUUUUCCAAAACUUUAUUUUAUGUAUCUCCUGUUCGUGUCAUUUUAUAUAAUUUGGAAUUCAGUCAGAAAGCUUUUAAUCUUGAGUCAAAGUUUAUGAAGAAAACAUAGAAUAAUAAUAUUGCAACAUGUUGCUGAUUUGUGUUUCUGUGAUUAGUUACUAUUUGUCCUAACAUUGAGUGAAGAUCCUAUGUGCGCUUUGCCCGAAGAUAGCUUCACAACUUUGGACUCAGUGGACAUCAUCUUCCGGUAAGUAAGUUGGAACACAAGCCCUGCCAUAACACUAGACAUUGAUGAUGCAAGACAUUGGGGAAACUGUCAUUCUGUUUCCAUCUAAACUCAAUUUUUGUUUUUGUUUUUGUUUUUGUCUUCUACUCUUGUGUUCCAUAAAGUUUUGAUCUGUCUUAAACUCCAAUUGCUGCAGUUAAAAUCACAUUCUUGAUCUGAACAAGGACAAGUGGUGAAAAGCUUUUGAUAUUUCUUUCAUCAAUAAUCACUGAGCGACACUUGAGAGUUCCAUAUGAGGUAUAAGUUGUCUUCAUUAAACAUCCUGGACUUAGGAUUUUGUUGAUGAUAUACAAAAGAGGUGCAUGACUCAUCAGAUAUGUGUAAGGAGGUUAUCAAAGUUUUGGAGCAAAACGGCAGGCAGGCAGAAGAACAGCAACUUAACCAGCUAGUGUCAUGUUGUAUAAGCAAUCAACAGAAGAAUGGCUAAACAACUUCAGAGGAAGAUGGAAGACGAUGAUCUCAACAGAUCCCAGGUUGUUUAUACAGGAACAAGCUCUUGCAAUCUGUGGCUAAGAGGCACUAAACAAAGUGAUGGAGCUUGCACUUUACUAAUACGUUUUUAGAGGAACGGAACAAGUUUUUUCAAGAGAGUCUAUGAUGUGAUCUAAAGUUUGAUAGAGAAGCACUUUACUAAUACGUUUCGUUUCUGUUACCAUGAGGACUUACUUACAUGGC